UCACAAACAAAUAAGGCAAUUACAUUAGUGCAAUUCUGUAUAAGGCAUAUCUAGUAGAGGCAUAUUUAAAGUGGAAAUAUAAAGAAACAUUGACAAUAAGAGAUUAGUAUUUCAAUUAGUAUAGUGUAACAGUAACUAACAAAGGCAGCAAGGAACACGUGACCACAACUCGCCCGCCUCGAGGCGGUUGAAGGUCCUGUUACCGCAAACUAGAAAAAAAAAACGUACAAAUGUCACAAAUCAAACCGUUUAACCGACUGAAACGUCAAACAUGACGACACCGAAUAAUCAAAUGUGAAACAGCCGCGAAUGACUGCCGAGUCACCGGCGUCGCCAUAGCAACGGCGGCCCAGCUGCCUCAACCACCAUGCGGCUUCUGCGCACGCGCGAGGACUGUCAGCUGGAGCAGCGGGGAGGAGGGGGCGGCAACAUGGCGGCCUCCACUCGGAGCGUGCAGCUCGCCUUCCGCAGAGCGACGGUCCCGUCGUUAGUCGUGAUCCUGGGAGCUACCGGUACCGGGAAGUCCAAGCUGGCAAUCGAGAUCGGAAAGCGGCUCGGUGGGGAAAUAAUCAGCGCCGACUCCAUGCAGGUGUACAAGGGUCUGGACAUCAUCACAAAUAAGGUGACUGCCGAGGAGCGCGCCCAAUGCACACACCACAUGUUGGACUUCGUGGACCCGUUGGUGCGGACCUACACGGUGGUGGACUUCAGGAACAAAGCGCUGGAGCUCGUCGGUGACAUGCACAGCAGAAACAAGCUGCCCAUCGUUGUAGGAGGAACAAACUAUUACAUCGAGUCUCUGCUGUGGAAGGUCCUGCUGGACACGGGGGAGGAUGAACUGCAUGACGGAGCAGACGGAGGCCAAAGCAAGAAGAUGGAGCUGGAGAAGCUGGGAGGAGAGGAGUUGCAUGAAAGGCUGGCUGAGGUGGACCCCAAAAUGGCCGCCAUGCUGCACCCGAAUGACAAGCGCAAGAUAGCCAGAAGUCUUCAGAUUCACAACGACACGGGUGUUCCUCACAGCCGCUGGCUGGAGGAGCAGAGGCAGGGCGGCGAUGGCCUCGGAGGGCCCCUGAGGUUCCCUGACCCCUGCAUCUUCUGGCUGCACGCAGACAUGGAGGCUCUGGACCGGCGCUUGGACGCCCGUGUAGAGGAGAUGCUGGCUACAGGCCUGUUAGAGGAACUCCGGGAUUUCCAUCUCCGAUACAACCGACAGAAAGUCCAGGACAGCCAAGACUAUCAACACGGGAUUUUCCAGUCGAUCGGCUUUAAGGAGUUCCACGACUACCUGACGGCUCCGGAGAGCAGCAGCCAGCAGGAGAAAAACAAGCUGAGAGACAAAGGCGUGGAAGCUUUGAAGAUCGCCACAAGGCGCUACGCCCGCAAACAGAAUAAGUGGGUCCGAAACCGUUUCCUCAAACGACCAGGCGACAGCGUCCCAUCUGUGUACAGCCUGGAUGUGACUGACGUGUCCAGGUGGGAGGAGUCGGUGCUGAAGCCUGCACUGCAGAUCCUGGACGGCCUCAUGAAGGGUGAGGAGCCGGCUUUUCCCCCUAUCAGCCUGCAGGGGCAGCAGAGAAACAAACGCAGCCGCCACACCUGUGACGCCUGCGACAAAAUCAUAAUCGGAGACGUGGAGUGGACAGCUCACCUGAAAUCCAAAAAGCAUCACUAUCAUGUCAGGAAGAAGAGGAAGUCCGAUCCAGGAAGUGACCCACCCCAGAGCACCACUGCACCAGCUGCUCGUGGAGAACUGGACGGCGCUGAAACCCCUCCGGCUUCUUCCAGAGAAUCGAGGACAGAGCACACAGAAGUUCCUGGGAUACAAUGAAAGCUCUGCGAUCGACGUCUGUCUCAACUCGGGCUUCCAGAUCCUCUGACUCGCAUAUUUUGCAUCAUGUGGCCGUUUUUCAGAACUCUACACGAUCUUGUUUGUGCGCACAAAGCAAAUCUUUAAAGAAAUUUGGUUUUGUUCCACAUUUAAUUCAUUUUUACGUUUUGAAUAAGAACUGUUUAGUUCUAUAUUUUUUUAAGAAAAGGCCUCAUAUGAAGUGCUAUCAUUUUUUAUUCAUUGUCCUAUUGCUGCACUCGGUUUACAGAUAAACUACAUUUCAGGCCUUAAUUUCAGUAAACUAAAGUUGUAUCAUUGUGAAAGCUGUAGAGAAGUUAAAAUGUUCUGCCAACAGGACUGAGCUAAUUUCUUCUAAUGUGCUAAUAGCUUAUCUAACUUUUUGUUUAGCGCUUUCACCUUUUUGCUAGCUUUGAAAACGCUUAGCGCUCUUAGCUUCUGAAAUACUUUUGCCAGAUAAAUUCUAAAUCGCUAAUAUUUUGGCUUUGGUUUCUUUAUAUAUAAAAUUCAACUUCUGUUGAAAAUUUUGGUUUACGACUGUAAAGAAUUCUGUUUAUGCGAAUCCGCUCCAGUGGUUUAGCGUUCUCUUCCGCUAAACAUUGCGUCGGUGCAGCACUUUAGCCGCAGCGGAGAUAAUACUUAAGAUUUGUGCCUUAGAGCAGCUAACUUUUUAGCCAGCAUUGCUAAUCACUUCCUACCGUUGAGAGGUUCUUGAUAACUCUAGGAGUUGUUAGAUAAAUAAAUAUGUUGGCAGGAAUCAUGUCAGUUGUACAUGGCGAAUAAUAUCUGUCUUGAUGUAAAAGUGGGAAUAACGGUGCUAUUGUUGGAGGACAGGAACCAGACAGGACACAAGAAGAAGGUGUAGGGCAAGAUCAGAAUUGACCUUUUUGACCUGCGUGUGACGGAAAACGAACACCGCACAUCACCCUGAUGAAAACACCACACCCUCUGUCAAAUUCAGUGGUGGCAGCAUCAUGCUGUGGGCAUCAUUGUUUUAUUUUUGACGUGAAAAGCCGCCUUUCUUCCGCUUCACAGUUUUGCACUCCUUUGUGUUGCUCUGUCAAAUUCAGCCAGAAUCAGAAUAAAAUGGUGUGGCUUAAAAUUUGUUAUGAAUAUUUUCUAAGGCUCUGAGAAUUUCCAAGUUUUCCACUUGACUCCACCAGUGGUGUUUCCUUUCCAUCAUUUGAUCUCCCAGUGAUGAGCCCAAACACUGAAAGGUAUUGUUCUUUGUCUGCCUGUUGUCGGCUCUUUCUUUUGGACCUUUUUUCUUCGUUUUUCGUGUGCGUUUUAAUCGCUGGCUGGCUUCAGGCUUUAUUUCUUUUUCCUGCCUGUUCAUCCAGCAGCAACUUUUCAAACCGAGGUGCCUGCCUGUCGGCGAGGCGCUAACACGACGUCCUGGCGUCGCUCCAAAUCGGCUUUUUUGGUCGUUCCCUCUCCGUCUGCCGCUCUGCCACUUUUUCAAACCGUCAACAUUAAAACACUUGUUUUGUUUUCUUUUGUUUGGUUCGGUUUGGUUCACAUGCUCCUGCAGUUUGACCUCAUCUCCACGGCUAAAAAUACGGUUCAGCCACAUAAUAGGUGGAAGUGUGUCCCACAUUCUCUCCUUCCAAACUGGGUCGAGCUUACUGGGAGCUCGCUAUACAGUAUAGGAGCAGAGGUCAGAAUGUCUGGUUUUCAUAACCCGCUCAGUUUGGAUCAUCUGUUUUUCCUCCCCUUGCGUUUUGCCAGUUAAAACUCCUUCCUUCUUUAGUUUCUCGUGUUUUAACGGAGAAACAAUAAAAUAUUUCAGUUUGAA